CUUGCAUACUAGUCCACAUUAAUUUACAUAUUCAUAACUUCGUCCGUCUACUUUUCCUUUUUGCUUCUUACAGAUGAGAAAUAAAAACAACCGAAGAAUUUUUGAGGAGAAGAAAAGAAAAAGAGAUGCAAAAUCGGCAACCGUCAUCGUCGCCGCCGUUGCAAUCGCCACCGUCUGGGAAGCUGCAAUCGACUUGAUAUGAUGCAAGGCUUCCACUAUCAGCAGCAACAGCAGCUGAUUUCGCUGCUCUCCGCGGCUUUGCCAACUGACCCCUCCGCCGCUUCUCCUUCUCUUCCGUCUUCUUCUUCCUCCGAAUCCGUUGCUUCUCCAUCGACGGCGGCUGGUGGCAGCAAUGCUUCAGCUUCGUUCAAAACCAAAAAAACAAAGAAAAACAAGAAAAAAACUGCUUCAGCUCCGGCGGGACAAAGGGAUGUUAAAUCGGAGAAGAACAUCGAUUCGGGUCGUCUCGCUGCUCUAAAGUCUCUCCACAGAGCAAUUACUUACCCUCCGAACUCGCUUCUUAUCGCACAUUCAGCUUCGUAUAUCUCUUCUGGUCUCUGGCAACUUCUCUCCGACAAGUCUUAUGAUGUGAGGCAUGCUGGUGUAUCUGCAUAUGGAGCUCUUUGUGCUAUCGUGUGCUCUCUUCCUGUAGAAGCCAGUGUAAUACAAAACCAUGUGCUGCUUGUUGAUGGCUUCAUUGAUUGGGCUUUGCCGUUGAUUCGGGAUGUUAGCGUUCGAGAUGGGAGCAUUGUACUUGCACUUGAAGGUAUCAGAGAGUUUCUUUCGGUUGGGGAUGUUAAUGCGAUUGAUAGGUAUGCUUUGCCAAUCCUCGACGCGUGCAAGUCGCUUCUUGAAGACGAGAGAACGUCUAUCCCUUUGUUGAAUCAGGCCUUGGGUGUUCUUUUGUUGAUCUCUUCAAAGUUUUAUAGUUUGUUUCAUCCUCAUUUUCUUGACAUCGUUGAUAUGUUGCUUGGUUGGGCAUUGUUACAAGACCAGCCUGACUCUGAUAGGCAGAUUGUGGUAGAUAGCUUCUUGCAGUUUCAGAGACAUUGGGUGGAUAAUUUAGACUUCUCGGUUGGGUUGUUAUCGAAGUUUCUUGGUGACAUGGAUGUAUUGCUUAGUGAUGGUAGUGAAGGAACCCCAGAACAGUUUCAGAGGUUGCUUGCUUUGCUUUCUUGUUUCUUAGCAAUCUUGCGGUCCACUGCUUCUGGAUUACUAGAGAACAAUCUUCUUGAUAAGAUGGAUGAACCUUUAAGCGAAAUGGUUCCUCGGCUAUUGGGUUUCUUGUCUAUCAUGGGGCAGAGGUUUGGUUGGGCGAAAUGGAUUGAAGAUCUAUGGAAGUGUUUGACUCUUCUGGCAGAAAUAUUGCGCGAAAAGUUUUCGACAUACUAUCUUUCUUCUCUUGAUAUUUUAUUGAAGAGCUUAGAACAGAUUGAUACUGUGAAUUCUGCAGCUCAUGGGAAGAUGACAGCUUCUCAGAUCCAUGGGACCUUGAAAACUAAUCUUCAGUUACUGUCUUUACAAAAGCAAGGCCUCCUUUCAUCAUGUGUGCCGAAGUUGCUCGGCUUUGAAUCUCCAAUAUCUCAGUUGCGAUUGCACCCAAAUCGUUUGAUUACAGCAGGCUCUUCUGACAUAUACAUAUUCUUGCUUCAACAUGAGAGUGAAGAAGUUGUUCAACAGGGGAUGGAAUUAUUGAUGAAAGAACUUGAGUUGUUGAAGACUGUGGUUGUGGACUCAUCGGACCACCAAAACAAGAGUUUCGAUGUUACAGUCUAUGAAUCAUUUUCAAAAAACGAACUUUUGGCAUUGAUUAACUUUGAUAUGAAGGCUCUUCUUUCCUGUGUUUCUCUUGGAGGGAGAAAAAGUUUGAGUGACGCGCCCAAACUUGCUGUCUUGUAUCUUGAGAGGUCGGAGAAGUUAGUUUCUUUUGUUUUUGAAAAGUUGAAUCCUUUUGAGUCAUAUGUUGAUGCAUGUUUUGAGUUGCAAGUCAGCAUUGUGAGAAUGUUAGAGUGUUUAGCUGCAGUUGAGCUCCUUAGCAACUGUUCCGUGCUAAUUCAGCCUGACAACAAGGUUCUUAAAGAAACUAAUCAUGGGAAGACACCAUUGAAGUGCACAUUUUUUACAAUGGUGAUUGAGCAUCUAAGGAAAUACAGCGUAACCAUGGUUAGAGCUCUUCGUUUAUCAUCCCCUGUUGCUGUGAAGCUAGUGUCGCUUGAAUGGAUUCAAAAGUUCUGCGAGAACCUUAUUGCAAUAUCGAAGAAUUUUAAUAUGGAUGCUUACUUCUGCAAAUCAUUUCCAUAUGCUGGUGCAGUCAGAGAUAUAGUUAUGGCGGUCUUAGAUGCUGCAUUUGAUAGUGAACCGAAAGUGAGGAGUCGGUCUGCAAUGGUUUUAGAGCUGCUUCUGGAGGUAAAGCUUAUACACCCAAUUCAUUUUUACUCCCUGGCUGAAAUCCUCCUUGAAAAGGUUGGAGAUCCAGAUACGAGUAUAAAGAAUGCAUUCAUUAAGUUGCUUUCCCAUCUCUUGCCAGCUACCCAGUAUGCUUGUGGCAUGCACAGUGAGGUAGAGCAUAUGGUUCCAAGGCCCCAAGUUCUUAUGCUAGGAAACAGUUACUUGCACUGGAAGCAAGUCUUUGCACUGAAGCAACCGGACCAUCAUUUUCAGUCGCAGCAACUCGUGUCUGUCUUGAAUUAUGUUUCCCAGAGAUGGAAAGUUCCUUUUGCUUCUUGGAUCCAAGGGCUAAUUAAUGCUUUUCAAGGAUCAAAGGAUACUGGUGCUGGGCAUCCUGAUGAAAACCUGAUCAAGAAUGGGUGGUUGGCGAUAAAAGCAGACAAAAGCUCGAUCGAGAGGAUCUGCUUGGCAAAUAACCUGGCAGGUGCUUGGUGGGCUGUGCAUGAAGCUGCAAGGUUUUGUGUUAGCACACGUCUCCGUACUAACUUUGGUGGUCCUACUCAAACUUUUGCAGUCCUAGAGCGAAUGCUUUUAGAUAUCACUACCGUGCUGCAGGUUGAUAGCGAGCAAACCAAUGUUGGCUCUUCUGGUGCCCACCUGUUACCAAUGAGGUUACUGUUGGAUUUUGUGGAGGCGUUAAAGAAAAAUGUGUACAAUGCGUAUGAGGGGACUGCUGUUUUAUGCUCACCGCUUCCACAAAGUGUCCUGUUUUUCCGAGCUAACCGAAAAGUUUGCGAAGAAUGGUUUUCUCGUAUAUCCGAACCAAUGAUGAAUGCUGGUAUAUCACUCCAGUGUCAUGAUGCUACGGUUGAGUAUUGCACAUUGCGGCUCGAAGAGCUAAAAAUUCGUGCAAUACUACUGAAGAAAGAAAAGUCUAAAAUGCAGGCUUCUGACAAUGUUCACAAUACUGGAGCUCGGAUAUCUUCAGACAUCUCAAGGAUUUUACGACAGAUGUCAUUGGCCUUGUGUCAAAUUCAUGAUGCACAUGCUCUGCUUGGCGUUCACAAAUGGGUUUCGGUGAAUUUAGGUCCUUUGGUCGCAGAAGAAAGCGAAUUUCAGAAGCAAAGUGGUGAAUCGGUGAUGUUUCCAUGGAUCACCGGGCUGAUUUAUCAGUCAGAAGGACGAUAUGAGAAAGCGGCUGCGUAUUUUGCUCAUUUAUUAGAGGAAGAGGACUGUCUCAGCUCUAUGGGUUCUGAUGACAUUCAGUUUGUGAUUGAACGGAUAAUUGAGAGUUAUACUGCUUUAUCUGAUUGGAAAUCUCUAGAUUCCUGGCUUUCAGAGUUGCAGGCGCUUCGUGCAAGGCACGCAGGCAAAAGCUUUUCAGGUUCUUUGACUGCUGCUGGGAAUGAAAUAAAUGCAAUACGGGCCUUGGCGCGUUUCGAUGAAGGUAACAUCCAAGCGGCAUGGACUUGUCUUGAUUUAACGCCCAAAAGUAGUGGUGAACUGUCACUUAAUCCAAAGGUGGCCUUGCAAAGAAGUGAACAGAUGCUUCUGCAGUCAAUGCUUUUCCAAGCUGACGGAAAUUCCCAAAAGGUUUCGAAUACCUUACAAAAGGCCCGAUCAAUGUUAGAUGAAUCUUCACUGGCUCUGUCAUUUGAUGGAUUAUCUGAGACAGCACCAUAUGCCACACAGUUGCAUUGCCUCUUUGCUUUUGAAGAGAGUCACCAGCUGAGAGACAGUGAACCUAAACAGAAACCCAGUAAUUUGAUGUUAAGCUCCUGCGUCUGGUCGCUACAAUCUAUGAUCAAUAGAGUUCAUCGUGACUGCAGCCCUUGGUUAAAAGUUCUACGAAUUUACCGGACAAUUUUGCCGACAGCCGCCUGGGUUACUCUGAAGCUAUGCAUGGACUUGUUUGGAUUUGCCCGCAAGCAAGGAAACUUCAUGCUUGCAAAUCACCUUAAAGACUAUCUGAAUGAUAAUGUAUCCAGUUGUGCUGAGGUUAAGCUGCGGGACUUUCUUAUAUCAAAUUUGCAGUAUCAGGGAGCCUUGCUGAUGUAUGCAGAAAACAAAGUUGAAGAUGCUGUUGUGGAUCUUUGGUCGUUUGUACAGCCAGAGGUAACUGCGUUAGAGCCAGUAUGUUUAGAUGCUGGCGUGGCCUUUUUAAAGGCUAAAGCAUGCCUUAAACUUGCAACCUGGCUCAAAGGGGAUGCUGUUUCUCUGGAUUUGGAAAAUGUUGUCCUUAAGAUGUCAGCGGAUUUGAACAGAACUGAGAUUCCUUCAACUGCAAGCAGCGAGCCUCUGUUAUAUGAGAGCUUAAAACCGAGCACGAAGGCUAUUAGUGAAGAGAUGAUUGGCACUGUUACAAAAGUGUCCACCCAACUAUGUUCUGCAAUGGGAAAAUCAUGGAUUUCAUAUGCUUCUUGGUGUUUUCGUCAGGCAACAGGGUCUUUUUGUAAACCUAAUGAGUCCACCAUCAACUCAUUCUCCUUUUCAAGCAUUCUUGCUCAAGAGCUCCAACCUGGAAGGUUUCACUUGACUGAAGAUGAGACUGAAUCCGUGGAGUCUAUUGUUAUGGAGUUUCUUCAGAAGGAUGAUUUCAAGGAUCUAACAGACACUGAGCAAGAUGGGAACUGCCAUACAACUACUGCAGACCAUUCCGACGCAAUAAAGAAAGAAUUGCAGCAGAAAGUGAUUGAAAUGAUAGAAAAUGCCGCUGCAGCUCCUAGUGCAGAAGAUUGUGGCUGGGACAGUCUCUCUGUUCAUCUAGCUUCUCAAUUGACUGAUUUACUGCUAUGUGCAAACAAAAAAGUGGAAGAUACUGAUAUAUCACCUAUAGUUAACAGACUGAUUGAAGUUUGGUGGUCACUGAGAAAAAGAAGGGUAUCUCUCUUUGGGAAUUCCGCGCUUGGUUUCACACAGUAUCUUCGUUAUUCAUCAAAAAAUCUGCACACUAGUGAGUUUACAGGUGUAGACUAUGAUCCACUGAAUAAAAAAACCGGUAGCAAUACGUUGAGAUCAACACUGUAUAUUUUGCACAUCCUUCUGAACUACGGAGUGGAGUUAAAAGAUACACUGAAACAUGCUCUUUCGAUGGUUCCUUUGGAGCCUUGGCAGGAAGUGACACCUCAGCUUUUUGCUCGGUUAAGCUCUCACCCCGAGGAAGUAGUGCGUAAAGAAAUAGAAGGCUUACUGAUAAUGCUGGCCAAGUUGUGUCCUUGGUCCAUAGUGUAUCCAACACUUGUCGACGUGAAUGCUUGUGACGAGAAGCCUUCUGAAGAACUGUUGCACGUAAAGGCCUGUCUGACUGAACUAUAUCCAAGAUUAAUCCAGGACGUGCAGCUUAUGCUUAAUGAGCUUGGGAAUGUGACUGUUCUUUGGGAGGAACUGUGGCUCAGCACACUGCAAGAUCUCCACAUGGAUGUAGUAAGGCGGAUAAAUCUGCUGAAAGAAGAGGCAGCUCGUGUUACAGAUAAUACUACUCUAAGCCAGAGUGAGAAGGGUGAGAUAAAUGCUGCAAGAUAUUCUGCCAUGAUGGCCCCUAUUGUUGUUGCAUUGGAACGUCGCUUGGCAUCAACCUCUAGGAAGCCUGAAACACCUCAUGAGAUUUGGUUCUAUGAGGAGUACAUAGAACGUAUAAAAUCAGCAAUCUUGACAUUUAAAACUCCUCCCUCGCCUGCUGCUCUGGGGGAAGUGUGGCGUCCGUUUGAUAGUAUCGCUGCGUCUUUGGCUUCUCAUCAAAAGAAGUCAUCAAUAUCUUUGAAGGAAGUUGCUCCUAGUUUGUCUUUGUUAUCAUCCUGUAACAUUCCAAUGCCUGGUCUGGAGAAGCAGCCAACCUUGUCUGAAUCUGACACUUCACUCAACGGAAUAGUCACAGUUUCUUCUCUUUCAGAUCAUGUGACUAUUCUUCCAACCAAGACACGACCUAAAAAGCUUAUCAUGUUUGGCUCAGAUGGAAAGAAAUAUAUUUAUCUCUUAAAAGGCAGGGAAGACUUGCGCCUUGACGCUAGAAUUAUGCAAUUGCUUCAGGCAAUUAACACUUUCUUCUGCUCCUCUCUAGCAACAGAUGGUGGUACUAUUGGCAUUCGUUAUUAUUCGGUCACUCCGAUUAGUGGUAGAGCUGGUUUAAUCCAGUGGGUUGACAAUGUUAUAAGCAUAUAUAGCAUUUUCAGGUCUUGGCAGACACGUGUCAAGCUUGCCCAAAUGCCGCCAUCAGCUCCUGGCAGUGCAAAAAGUCCAGAUCUACCACCUGUUCCUCGACCAAGUGAUAUGUUUUACGGGAAAAUAAUCCCAGCCCUGAAGGAGAAAGGUAUAAGAAGAGUGACUUCACGAAGAGACUGGCCUCAUGAUGUUAAGCGUAAAGUACUAUUGGAUCUUAUGAAGGAGGUGCCAUCGCAGCUACUGCGCCAGGAACUUUGGUGUGCUAGUGAAGGGUUCAAAGCCUUCACAACGAAGUUCAAAAGGUACUCUGGUAGUGUUGCAGCUAUGAGUAUAGUUGGUCACAUGCUCGGCCUUGGGGACAGACAUUUGGAUAACAUCCUCAUGGAUUUUUGCAGUGGGGAUGUGGUACAUAUAGAUUACAAUGUCUGUUUUGAUAAGGGGCAACGGCUCGAAGUUCCUGAGAUAGUGCCAUUUCGGCUAACCCACACAAUGGAAGCUGCAUUAGGGCUGACAGGUGUUGAAGGCACAUUUAGAGCAAACUGUGAAGCUGUUCUUGGUGUUCUAAGGAAAAACAAGGACAUACUCUUGAUGCUGAUGGAAGUUUUUGUUUGGGACCCAUUGGUUGAGUGGACCCGAGGGAAUUUCCAUGAUGAUGCUGCCAUUGGUGGUGAGGAAAGAAAAGAUAUGGAGGUCGCCGUUAGCUUGAGUUUGUUUUCAUCAAGAGUGCAAGAGAUCCGUGUUCGGUUGCAGGUAAACAUUCAUUGCACUAAAGCAGACAUAUUACAGCAUACUUGUUUCCGUGUAAUUCUCGUUGCUUAUAUUUUGUAACUAUGUUCAUCAAUCACUUAUGUGCCAGAAUUAGCAUUAUGUUCCACUUACUAUGACAUAGAGCAUCAUGAUCUCUUACUGGCUACAUUACCAGCUGUUGAAUUGUCUCUGGAGCGAUUUUCCGAGGUUCUGAAUCAGUAUGAGAUCGCAUCAUCUGUUUUUCUUCUAGCUGAUCAAGAAAGGUCAGAACUUAUUCUGCGUGAGGCAUCUGCAAAGACAAUAGUUGCUGAAGCAGCUUCCAAUUCAAAAAACAUUCGCGCUUCUCUUGACAGUCAAGCUCAAGAAUUUUCUCAAGCAAAAGCCUUCGUCUCUGAAAAAGCUCAAGAAACAGCGGUUUGGAUGGAGCAGCGUGGAAGGAUCCUUGGUGCCUUACGAAGAAAUAUGAUUCCUGAAAUUACUGCCCCCGCAGCUUUGACGGAGAUAUUGGGUUCUUUAUCUUUGACAUCUGCUGUUCUUGCUGCUGGAGUUCGACUGACUGUAGUUCCAGAGCCAACACAAGCACAGUGCAACAAUAUUGACACAGAAAUUUCGCUCCUGGUUAAUGACCUCAGUAACGGCCUCUCCUCUGCUUUGACUACACUUAAAACAUAUUCUUUGGCUUUGCAAAGAGUUUUACCACUUAACUACCAUACAACAAGCCAUGUAUACGAUUGGGCGCAAGUCUUGCAGUUAGCUGCGCAUGCUCUGUCUACGGAUAUCCUGUCCCUUGCCAAAAGACAGGCUGGUGAACAAUUUGCAAAAACACAGGGAGGUGACUUUCAUUCUGUCAGGAACUGCUACGAUGAUCUGUGUCAUAAGGUAGAAAAGUAUGCAGAGGAUGUAAAGAAGGUAGAGGGAGAGUAUGCAGAGCUGGUUGCGUCAAUUGGAACGGGGCCUGAAUCAAAGGCCAAGGAUCGUCUUUUCUAUGGUUUGAUUAAUUAUAUGCAGUCUCCAGGACUUGUGGAAAGCAGCAGGACUGGUUUUUCUGAUAAAUAUGAGGCAACCAAAAGAGUGAAUCUUCAAGACUCUGGAAAGCAAAAGUGGAAGGUAUUAGAUUUGUUGCACAGAUCCAUCAGUUCACUCUAUGAUCGGUUAAAGGGAAAACUACAGUAUAUUUUGAAUGCUUCAAUGGAAAGAAAGGAAAGAAGCGAAAGCUUUGUAUCUGAGUCUAGGACUCUGAGCUCUAAUUUAGAGGCACAGGUAGAGAUGUGUAUGGUAUUGGUGGACUUUCUUAACGAGGUAAAAUAUUACGUUGGUCAAGAGAUUUCUACUGUGGGAAAAAGUUUGACUGGGUCCGCUCACCGUGUUGAAGAGAACUGGGCUUUGAUCUUCCACAGAACCUUGCUUUCUUCUAAGACAUUGAUUGCGCAAAUGACAGAAGUUGUUGUACCAGAUGUUUUAAAAACGCACUUGUUCAAUAAUUUAGAUCUUAUGGAUGCCUUUGGAUUGAUCUCACAAAUCCGUGGAUCCAUAGAUACUGCACUGGAGCAUCUCAUAGAGAUAAAGUUGGAACGAGAUUCAUUGGUUGAACUUGAGCAAGAUUACUUCAAAAAGGUUGGCCAUAUUACUGAGGGGCAGCUAGCUCUAGAAAAAGCAGCUUUGAAAAGCAGGGAACAUCAAUCCUGGGAAGAAGCAGAGGAAUUUGCAUCUCAAGGAGAGGCUUGCCGGACACAGGUGGACCAACUUAAUCAAUCGUGGAACCAGAGGCUAUCAUUGCUCAUACAGAAAGAAGCGCAAGUUAAAAAUGCUCUUAUCUCAGCUGAGAAACAGUUUCAGCUUCUCACUAAUGCAGAUGAGUUUAAGAAGCCUAAUGAUCUCAGAAGUUCAGGGAUAUUGGUUGAAUUGGUUAAGCCUUUUAGUGAAUUGGAGCAGCUAGAUAAAACAUUAUCCUCCUUAAGCAACUCAGCUGUUUCUAUGUCAGAUUUGAUCCCUGCUUUUGGGAAUAUCCUGAGCGGUGGGCAAUCACAAUCUGAGAACAUAUGGCGAUUCAGAAGCGUACUUAAGGAUCAUUCCUUCUUCAUCUGGAAGGUAGGCAUCAUACAUUCCUUCCUUGAUUCAUGCGUACAUGAUGCUACCCCGUCUGCAGAUCAGACAUUAGGAUUUGAGCAGCUAAUUCUCCUUAUGAGGAAGAAGUUUGAGUUUCAACUUCAGGAACGAGUAGAUUGUUACCUGGCAGGAAGCGUUGCUCCUGCAUUUUUAUCUCAGCUUGAUAAAGAAAACGAGCGUUUGAAACACUUCUCAGAGAAAAAUGGUGUUGGAGGAGAUCAAGUCAAACCAGAAUCUAGCCAUCUGAAACAAGUCCAUACAAUGCUCGAGGAAUAUUGCAAUGCUCAUGAAACUGCUAGCGCAGCAAAAUCAGCAGCAUCCCUUAUGAAAAAACAAGUUAAGGAAAUACGUGAUGCUCUUCGCCGGACAAGCCUCGAUAUUGUCCAAAUGGAAUGGAUGAACGACAGUGCAUUGACCCCUUCACAAAAUAUUAGGCCUACACUGCAACAAUCAUUUGCCAGUGAUGAUAACUUGCAUCCUAUUUUCUUAGACCUCGACAGACCCAAGUUGCUGGAAACUAUACGUUCCGCUAUUCCCCAAAUCACCAGGUCGAUAGAAAGACUACAAGCUUGCGAACAAACCUCACUCGCAGCUGAAGGUCAGCUAGAGAGAGCAAUGGGGUGGGCUUGUGGUGGAUCUAGCUCUGUCGCAGCUGGAAACUCUUCGGCCAAGAUAUCUGGUAUUCCUUCUGAAUUUCAUGAGUAUUUGUCGAGACGCCGGAAGUUGCUUUGGGAUGCUAGAGAGAAGGCAUCAAACAUUGCCAAAAUCUGCAUGUCUCUUCUCGAAUUUGAAGCAUCACGAGAUGGAAUUUUCCGAAAUCCGCGCGAGGCUCAAGAGGGUGACUCCAGGGCAUGGCAGAAAGCUUAUCUGAACUUAGUUGCACGACUGGAGGUUACCUAUCAAUCCUUCACACGUAUGGAACAAGAAUGGAAGCUUGCACAAAGCAGCUUGGAAGCUGCCUCGACUGUCCUAUAUUCUGCCACAAAUGAGCUUUCUAUUGCCUCCCUAAAAACGAAGUCUUUGUCAGGUGAUCUGCAAAGUACUAUACUCUCAGUGAGAGAUUGCACGCAUGAAGUUAGUGUUGCAUUAUCUUCUUUUAUCCGGGUAUCAAGAGGCCACACUGCUUUGACCACUGAAGCUGGUGCAAUGCUCAAAGAGGUUCUUGCAACAACAGAGGAUCUGCAUGAUGUUCAUAGUUUGGGAAAGGAGGCAGCCACUUUGCACCGUUCUCUCAUGGAUGAUCUUUCAAAGGCUAAUGCAAUCCUUAUUCCGCUAGACUCAACUUUUUCAAAGGACGAAGCUCUUAUUGCUGAAGCUAGGACUAGGGAAAGCGAGACAAACAUUGAAGUUUCGUCCAUUCAUGGACUAGCCAUAUAUCAAUCUUAUGGCGUAAAAAUUAGAGAGAGCAUUCAGAACCUUAGGCCUUUGGUACCAUCUACUGUAGAUUCGGUGAAGGGUCUAUUUUCAAUGUUAACUAGGCUCGCACAAAUCGCAAGUGAACAAUCUGAGGUUCAAAGUGAUGUGGUGUCUCCUCCAACUCAGACACAUACUCGAAUCACAAGAGGUAAAAAUGCUUAUGCACUGUCAGUUCUCAAGUCCAUGGAGAUGAAAAUAGAUGGUCGAAACAUUGCUCACAACAGGGAGGUUAGUAGUAUCCCAGAGCAGAAAGCGGCUCUACCUGCGAUUGAAACAGUCAUGUCUACAAAAGUGGUUUUAAAGAUUCAACGUUGUGGAUAUCUUAAGAAGGGCUCCAUAAGUCGACCUAGAGGUCUUGGAAUCAUAAGCAGAAGAACGGUGAAAGACAUUGAUGAGAGGAGAGAUGCGUUCUAUAAAUUUUCUGGGGCUUCUUUGGAUGUAGCUCGAGCUCUACUGUUGCUCCCUAACCUUUCAGAUGAAGCCACGCGACAACAACUCCAGUCUCCCUUGUGUGUACAGUUUGGUUUUGUUUACUGGGAACAGUUUGCAUAUUAGCAUCACUCUUUCUAUUAUAAUAUCCCAGAUUACCAAUAAGUAUGUCUCUAUAUGUCUCUAAAUUACUAAAUUAAUCUCUUAUCAACACUUUGGUAUAACAGUAUCUAUCCAGUUUUCCAGUUUUUUUAUGUUUUCAGUCUAGUGUGAGGAAAUUACAAAGUAUAAACACACUCAAUAACACACUCAAUUAUAGUAA